AUGCCACCAGAAAUCUAUGAAUUGCAAAUUUGGGGUUUGUUUCGUUUCAAGAAAAUUCCGAAGAAAUUUGUGAAGAAAUAUGGAGAACAUCUCUCAGAUUCAGUAUGUCUUAAGAUCCCAAGUGGUUGUGAAUGGGAAGUGGGAGUGACACGCAACGGCAAUAAGGUUUGGUUUGAGCAGGGCUGGCCAGCAUUUGCUAAAUUUUACUCCCUAGACUACGGUGUCUUCUUACUAUUUAGAUAUGAAGGGAAUUCUAAGUUCCAGGUUUGCAUAUUUGAUACUAGUGCCACAGAGAUCGCCUAUCCUAUCCGUAUAGAAGAACCCGAUAACAUUAAUUGUGAAGAUAUCGAUGAUGACAACUCUGUUGAAGUCCUGGAUGAUUUUUCACAUCCUUAUUGCCCGAAAACAAGGGCGAAAUCUCCAUUACCAUCUCCUAGGCCUCACAAGAGAAGAAAAAUAAGUUCAAAUAGUGAGGGAAAAAUUCAAGGGAAAACUGAUAUUAUCGGAAAAGAACAUGGUGGAGGCUCGUCUAGCACUCAAAAUGUUCGGAAAGAAACACCUAAGGUAUGUGGGAUGAAGCAUUCAUCGACAGCUAAAACAAAAACUACAGCUCUUGAAAGAGCUGCUGGUUUCACCUCUGAGAAACCUUUUUCAAUAGUCACCAUGCAUCCUUCAUAUGUCCAACGUAAUACUAUGAAUCUACGAGGCAGUUUUGUCAAGAAUUUUGCUACACAGCACCAACUUGUGAAGCUUCAGAAGAUUCCACCAAAAUUUGUGAUGAAAUAUGGAGACUACUUAUCAAAAUCAGUGCGUCUUAAGCUUCCAGAAAUGAGUGCUUUUCGCCAAGCAUUUUCUGCUACUACCCGAUUUUUCAAGGUUAUUGUGGAGGAAAGUUCUAGCAUCAAACUGAAGAUUCCACCAAAAUUUGUGAUGAAAUAUGGAGACUACUUAUCAAAAUCAGUGCGUCUUAAGCUUCCAAGUGGUUGUCAAUGGCAAGUAGAAGUGACAAAAAGUGACAGUGAGGUUUGGUUCGAUAAGGGUUGGCCAGAGUUCUUCAAGUUUUACACCCUAAACUACGGUCACUUUGUAAUUUUUACAUACCAUGGGAAUUCUAUGUUUGAAGUUUGCAUAUUUGAUAGAACUGCAACAGAGAUUGAAUAUCCCAUCAUUAUGGAUAAGUGUUAUGUUGAAAGUGAACCCUCCAUUAAAAAAUUGGAAGAUUUUAUCCCCUGCCCUAAAAUAAGAGACAAUUCUCCAUCACCAUCUGCUAGGCUUCCCAGAAGAAGGAGAACAGCUAGUCCAACUACUGAAGCCAAUAUAAAAGGGAAAGAAGAUGAUUUUUCCAGGAAAAAUGAUGGGGGAGACCCGGCUACAGCUCUUCAGAGAGUCAAGGCAUUUAAAUCUGAAAAUGCUUUUAUCAUGAUAUUCAUGCAGCCCAGUUACAUCCAUCGUUAUUCUGUGAGUAUACCCUUUCGAUUUGUCAUGAACUUCGCAAAAUUCAGGCAGCAGGUUGUGAAGCUUCUUGUUGGAGAUAGAUCUUGGCCUGCUCGUCUGAACGUGUCUAGCCUGCAUGGUAAAGCUAAAAUUAGUAGCGGUUGGCAUGAAUUUGUGAUAGAAAAUCAUUUAAGACUAGGAGAUGUUUGUAUAUUUGAGCUCAUGGAGGAAAUUCCAAAGAAAUUUAUGAUAAAGCACGGCAAGAAUCUUUCGAGUUUGGUCUGUCUUAAGCUUCCCAGUGGCUCUGACUGGGAAGUGGAAUUGACAAGAUGCAAUAGUAAGGCUUGGUUUGAAAAGGGUUGGCCAGAGUUCUCUAGAUUCUGCUCUGUAGACUAUGGUUACUUCCUAGUUUUUCGUUACCAAGGGAAUUCUACAUUCGAGGUAUGUAUAUUUGAUAGAUCUUGCACAGAGAUUGAUUAUCCUAUAACCGUGUCCACGAUUGAUGAAGAUGAAGCUGAUGAUUUAUCUAUUGAAAUCCUGGACUCUUCACCCUGCCUAAAAACAAGGGAGAAACCUUCGAUAGUAUGUCCUCCUUGCAAGAAAAUGAGAACAAGCUUGAGUACUAAUUCAGACAGGAUCUCUGAAGAUGAGAGUGCUCCACCUUAUCCCAUGGUCUAUAUUGAGAAGACAACGCCAACUAAAGAUUCACAUUGCUCUAGUUCAAAAAUGAAAGGAGGGGAAGGUGAUUUUCUUGCAGUGGAAAACACAGCAGGAGCCUCUCGUUGCACUCGAAGAUUCCUAAAACCAACACUUGAUCUCGAGGUUACUGAAAAUGCUCCUAAGAGAGCUACUGCUUUCAAACCUGAUGGCAAACCUUUUUUCAAGAUCUCAAUGGAGCUCUCUAAUAUCCAUAAAAGUAUUUUGUAUUUGCCAUCUGAAUUUGCCCAGAGACAUCUGAUUAAGCUACCUGCUGGUAUUGCCACUCUUCAAGUUUCGAGCGGAAGAACUUUGUCUGCUAAAACUUGGUCUGUUAAAUUCAAGUAUGAUCAUAAGAAAUCAAAAGCUCAUUUUCUGAAUGGUUGGUCAGACUUUGUAAGGGACAAUCAUUUGAAAGUUGGGGAUAUGUGUGGUUUUAUCCUUAUUGACCGCUAUGAAUUUUUAUUCGAAGUUGCCCUUCCCAACGUAGAAGCUCCAUGUUUCCUCAUGUCAGCAGGAGAAGGCAGAGGAGAACAUAUUCAAGUUCAAGAAAAGAGAAAUCCCCUGAUUAAAGUUGAAAAUGAAAGUGACAUGAUUUCUGAAUUUGAUCUAUCUAGCUCUUUUGCAAUUGUCAAGAAGCCGAAUAUUGGCGGGCAGGUUACUCAAAGGCGGGCUUCAAGGAGUAAUCUUGAUGCUGCCAACAAGUUCGUCUCGGAGAAUCCCUUCUUCGUAGUCACUCUUGGGACACUCCAUAAAGAAAAGUCAAAUGUGUACUUACCGGCUAGUUUUGUCAAGAGUUUCAUUAAGGAGGCGAAACAGACAGUGAGGCUUCUGGUUAAAGAUAGAUCUUGGCCUGUGAAGUUGUUUUGCUAUGGCAAGACUUCAGCAAAGUUCUCUGGUGGCUGGGCUGCAUUUGCUAAAGAACAUCAGUUGGAAAAAGGAGACAUUUGCAUAUUCGAGCUCACAGAGAUGAAUGACGUUAAAAUUCCAAAGCAUUUUUUGAUAAAAUAUGGUCAAGAUCUCUCAAACUCGGUUCAUCUUAAGCUUCCAAGUGGUUCUGAAUGGGAAGUGGAAUUAAGAAGAUGCAAUGGUAAGGCUUGGUUUGAAAGGGGUUGGCCAGAGUUCUCUAGGUUCUGCUCUCUAGACUACGGUGCCUUCCUAGUUUUCCGAUAUCAAGGGAAUUCUCAGUUUGAUGUUUGUAUAUUUGAUAAGAGUGCCACAGAGAUUGAAUAUCCCUUGACAAUUCCCAAGAUUGAGGAAGUUGAUGAAGAUGCUUUACCUAUUGAAGUCUUGGAGGACUCACCUCCCUGCCCAAAAAGAAGGGAGAAUUCUUCAUUACUCUGCCCUCCUUGCAAGAAAAUGAGAACAAGUUUUAGUGGGGAAACUGAUUUUGCCACAAAAACUGAUGGUGUAUGCUCAUCGAGGCCUAAAAGAGUCCUAAAGCAAACACGCCAUAAGAAUCUUGGGAGGAUGACACCAUUGACUACAACUGAGAAAGCUAUAGCUCUUCAAAGGGCUAAUGCUUUCAAAUCUGAUAAACCAUCUUUCAAGAUGGCUAUGCAGCCGUCUCAUAUCCAUUUUGGUGGUAAAAUUGAAUUGCCACGUAAUUUUUCAAAGAGACAUCUUAAGCUGCCUGCUGGUAUUGCCAUACUUAGAAUAUCAGAUGGAAGAACUUGGUCUGUGAAGUUCAAGUAUGAUCAUAAAAACUCAAAAGCUCGAUUUUCUUGUGGUUGGUCACUUUUUGUGAGGGACAAUAAUUUGAAAGUUGGGGAUGUGUGUGUCUUUGUCCUUAUUGACUGCAAUGAACUUUUAUUUGAAGUAAUUCUUUUCCCCACCAUAGAAGCUACAAAUCACCCCUUCCCACCAGGGUAUGGCAAAGGAGGAACUGAUCAAGUCGAAGAGGGGAGCCCCAUAGUUGAAGCUGAAUCAAAAAUAAAAUGUGAAAUUGUUAUGAACAGGAUGCCAAAGAUUUAUGAGCAGGUCACUCAAAAGCAUUCAAAAUUUUUGAGGGCUUCAAGGAUUAGUCUUGAAGCUGCCAACAAAUUCAUGUCGGAGAAUCCCUACUUUUCAGUCCCUCUGCGGUCAGGCCAUAGAAAGAAUGUGAAUGUACAGGCUAGCUUUUUCAAGAGUUUCUUUAACAGGAAGAAACAGACCGUGAAGCUUCAGGUUGAGGAUAGAUCAUGGCCUGUAAAUUUGGUUCCCAAUGGCAACUUUGCAGGCAGGUUAAGUGGUGGUUGGGCUCGAUUUGCAAAGGAACAUUGUUUAAAAGAAGGAGAUGUCUGCAUAUUUGAGCUCACAGAGAUGAAUGGAAGUGCACUGAAAGUUCACGUUUUUAGAUGUUGA